ACCGCUGUAUAAACAAUAUGGCGGCCGUGAUUUAAAGUGCUCGACUGGUACAGAAAAGGGACAUACAUGUCACGAUAUUGUCGAACUGUGGAUGAAGUUAGGGUUCUACAUUAAUUUGCUAUCAUGGAUAGAGGGAGGUUGAAUCUGGAGGCUCUAGCAGAGGAGGAAGAUGAAGAGGAAGUGGAAAAUACUAAACGGGAUAGCUCCGAUGAUUCGGAUAGUUCAGGAGAUGAGGAACCAGAUCCAUCUGCAAGACGAGAGCCAAACAAAUUUGAUAAUCUCUGUGAUGGAGUCCUCAACUCCAUGGCGCUCGUACAUGGUUCACUAAGAGAGCUGCUGGAUAUGAAGGAUGAGAUGCUGAAGCAUGCUUUACCUCCCACACUGCUGAUCAAACUAGCCACCAUUACAGGGAAGGUGUUCAGAAGUAUCAGCGACCUGAACAUGCCAGUCAAUGAGCUGGUGCGUCUAGUGCAUGUGUACUCUACACCAUGGGAGGAAAAGAGUACUGCCCUCAAAAAACUCCACGAGGAUUACGAGAGUAAACAACGACAACUCAACAUUGCCAUCAAACGUCUACAACUAGUUGAUGCACACUCUAAAAGAAUUGCCAGAGAGAAAAGAAUUAUGAACUGGGAGAAAUUGUUUGCCAAGAUCAUGAGUAACAAGGGUCAUGGGAGGAGGUGGAAAUUCCUGAUAGAGACCAUCAAACAGAAGGCACAGCUUGGACUUGAGCAUGUACAGGAAUACUCAAAGGCCUUAGAGGAGAGCUCUGAUGAGGAAGGCGAGGAAGACGAUGAAAUCCCAAUCAAAUUAAACCGACAUGAUGAUGGAGCGGACAGUGACAAACUUUCAGACUUGGAAGAGGAGGAGGCUGAGGAGGGGCAUGCCGAGGAGGGGAGCGAGAAAGCUGAAACCCCAGGAGAGGAGGGCGAUGAGGAGGAAGCAGAAAAACCAGAAGAAGAAAGCAAAGAAGAUGCAGAGGGUGCAAACAGCCGUGUUGGAACCCCUAAGAAAGUAAGGUUUGCUGAUGAGGAGAAGGUGGAGCCUACAAAGGAAGUGUCGACAUGGACACACGAGCCUCAGUAUGAUAACUUCUUGUUCAUGCGAGUAUUUACACCAACAGGACUGGAUCAAAAGGAUGUCAAAUGUAUGAUAAAAUACGGACCUAAAACCCACAAAACAGGUCGACUUGAUCACGAGGAACCAGAGGCUCCAGAAGAACCCAAGCCAAAAGCUAAAGGGCUGAUUGGAUCUAAGGGGAAGGCUUUACAAGAAACAGAAUCAGAUAAAUUACAGAAAAAGAAAAAGGCAGAUGAGAAGGCCACCAAAUCAAAAUUUGAGGAGAUGUUCUUUGAAAUCCCAGAAGAGGUACCAGACGGAGUUUGGACCAAACCCACUAAGGAGGAACCCCAGAACAUACAGGUGUCUGUACAUGUGGGUCCUCAGGAGGAAAUCUUUGCCAUGGCAACCAUAGACAUGGAGGAGAUCAAGUCACAGAAUCUGAAAGAAGUGUUCCUACCUGAACCCCAUGGUGAUGAUGAUGUCCCGACGACCCCCAGAGGUCGUGGGGGACGUAGUGAUGUAGGUGACUUUGACUCCCUUUCUGAUGACGUAGAGAUCAGUCUGCCUGGAGAGGAUGUAAAGAAACAGCCAGAGCCAGUGGCAAAUGAAUUAGUGAAGGACAUUGAAGCUAUUCCAUUCCCUUUGCUGUCUGUGAAUCCGGCCAAAAGUGACUCCAUGCAUGCCUCAUGUGGCAUACUUCCUCUCGUCAUGUACAUAGGCAAACGUCUCAAGCCACAGGAGUUCAAUAGGCAGUGUGGAACAAUGACCAUGAGCUCGUUAGUAUUUGAUAUGACUGGCAUUGACCUUGACACCUGGAAGAAAGAAGACCUGAACAAGGAAUUGAGGGACCAGGCUAGCUCAGCUCUACAUUUGACCCCUGAACCUCCCAAGGAACCGACACCACCUCCCCCACCCCCGAAGGAACCAACUCCACCUCCUCCAAAGGAGCCCACACCACCUCCUCCCAAGGAACCCACUCCGCCUCCUCCAAAAGAACCCACCCCUCCACCUCCUCCUAAGGAGCUUACCCCUGAACCAAAGGAGGAAAUGAUUCCUAAGAAGGAAUUUGAUGACAUGAUGGACAAACACAACAAUGAUCUACGUUAUAUACAGGAGGAGUAUGAGAAACGCCUACAACAGUUGACAGACAGUCUACAGGUGAUGGAGCAAACACGCUUCCAGAUGCAGGAACAAAUGAAACAGCAGCAGCAACAACAGCAGCAACAGAUUCAGCAUCAACAACAGCAGUUGUUACUACAACAACAACAUGCUCCUCGCCCUUCACAGCGCCCCCUGUCUCAGGAAAGUCGUCGGUCAGCAAGUAGUGCCACUCGACGUGAGGCACAGCCCCAGCCGCCACCUCUAGUCCCCAUCAAUACUGCUGCUUCGCCCACCAUGGAGACCAUUCCCAUCCCUCCCAGGUCUAGUCCAAACCGACCAGAGACCGCACCAGAUGGGAGAAAGUCUGUUCCUAUGCCUUCUGUACGUCGUACCAAACCAGCCCGACCAUCACGCCCGACCCCUCAACAUUGGGGGCCAGGCAUACCAGAAGAUUUCCUGGAUCGUCUGGCCUGGUUCGAGGAGGAGUCAAACAAGCACAAGGAAGAGAUGGUCAACAAGAUAUCCAAACAAAUCCAGGAGGACAUCGAGAGGAAGCUAGCUGGUCAGCACAAACUCAGCAAGAAGGAGGAGGAGAUGUACGAUGCACUAAAAGACUGUGAGUUUACCCUGCAUUGUUUAUGCCAUACAAGCGAGGUACAGUGUUCAACCCUAGAGCUCACCAGUACUUCCACCCAAAUGGAUCCAGUGACUUGCGAUUGACACAGCCACCCUCGAUGAUCCAGUUACCUCCCUUGCCUAAUAAAUCUAAAAUGUCAGUAUUAAAUCUGUUUGAGCUGAGUCGCAACUUUAAUCGGGGCCAGGCAUGGCUGAUGGAAAAAUACAUCCAACAACAGGAGCCAGCAGAAAAUACCCGGGGAAUGGUACCCAUCACACCCGCACCCACCGCCGACAAAACUGGGUCAAUGGAUGAACAGCAACAUCCUGACAUUAAUACCACCCAGCUUAGCAAUGUAGGAACGAGUAACCCUGACAGAGAGGCUGACCUUGAAAUCUGAAAAACAGUGUCAAUACCAGUAACCCUGAAUGAGAGGCUGCCCUUGAAAUUUGAAAAACAGUGUCAAUACCAGUAACCCUGAAUGAGAUACUGAGAGGUUGACGUGGAAACGUGAAAUAAAAAUGUUGAUACCAGUGACACUGAACAAAAGAUCAACAUAUAAGUGUCAUGAAUUUGUCCAUAACUCAAAAAUCCUUGAUCCACCCUAAAAUAAGACGUGAUAAACAAUUUUGGUACCAGAAACCCUAAACGGGAGGUCAACUUUGAAAUGUGACAAUGCUGGUACCUGUAGCAAUUACCUGGAAAUGUGAUGAACUUGCUGUCAGAAACAAAGGAAAUUAAAAUAAUUUAAUUUUCUGAAUAGCUUGUGACACUUAUUGAUAAUCAAGAUACUUAAUUUAUUUGUCCUUGAUUAUCUUAGUAUUAUCUACUGGUGCGUGUCAACAUGUUGAUGGCGAUAACUUGUAAUUAUGUUAAAAUAACAAGUCGGUUAUUACCACAAUAUCUAAGUAGAUAAAUAACCAUGUUCACCUCAGCCAAAGACAAUAAUUGUAUGAACCUAUGUUUUCUGUUGUAUUAAUCCUAUGGGUUGUAUAAAGAUGUCACUGUUAGGGUGUAUUCCAGCAUUAGUUUUGGUAAAUAAGAUUAAUUGGUGACAUCAGUGUGUCGGAUACAAAACAGUUUAUGCUGUAUUUGUAAAACUUUUAAGUGUACUUAAGUUAUAUGAAAUGAGAAUAAAGCAGGUCUGUGAUAAAAUAUAUUUAAACUGUAACCUUUGCAUUUGCCCGAUUGCUUUCACUGCUCUGUAACAGUAAUAUUUCACAAAAGUUUUGAUGUCAGUUUACUGUGGCCUAAAACUUUCACUGCUCUAUAACAGUAAUAUUUCACAAAAGUUUUGAUGUCAGUAUACUGUAGCCUACAAAACUAAAAUCAACACUGCAACUUGUUGCCCUUUGAUGGUAAGCUUAAACCUUUAAUCAGUACGAGGGGAAUGUAAAUACCACAGAAGAGGAGGACCACUUCAUUGAUCCACAAAUUUAUUUAGUGCUAUAAAGGUUCCUGAUGGGGUCAACAUACAAUCCAAUUUAAUUCAGAUAUUUACAACACCUACACUGUGUACAUGUAUUAAGAUCUGUAUUAGACUGUGGACAUAACUUGGUAAACAUUGGGAUGUUUUCAUGUGCAAUACAAUUCACUUGAUAUUUUUGUGUCAAACGAAACAUCAACAAAUUAACUGACCUCUGUAUAGCAUAAUGCUGAAGAUUGUGUAAGCUGAGAGAGAAUAGUACCCAAGGUAAUUAGUUGGUAGGUUUUCUUUAUACCGUGGAUAUAUAUUGUAAAUAGUAGAAAAGAUUGUACAUAUGUUUAUAAGUUAGGUAGGUAUUUUGUGAGUAUCUUGUAAAUUACACAUUUGCUAUAUUCAGCAAAUUGUAUAUAGUACAUUGUAUGCAUUGUUGUUGAAAUUUAAAUUAAAUGAGAUGUUAAGGUC